AUGAACAAAAAAUGUAUUGAUGUCGAUGUUGUUCUCCUCGAUUCAACAACAAGAUGUUUUCAUCUUUUGCCUCGUGCACUUGGUCGUGAAUUGUAUACAAUGGUGGUUGAACAUCUGCAACUAGUCGAAUAUGAUUACUUCGAUUUGGAAUAUAUUAACAAAGAUGGUCUUCACUGUUGGUUAGAUCAUUCAAAAGCAAUCAAUAAACAAAUUAAUAUUUCGAAAAGAUUUCUUUAUUCUUUCGUCGUUAAAUUUUAUACUCCUCAUCCAAAUUUGCUAGAAGAUGAAUUAACCAGAUAUCUAUUUGCUUUACAAAUCAAAAUUGAUUUACGUUCUGGACGAUUACAAUGUAGUGAAAGUACUGCUGCUCUUCUAGCAGCUUUUAUUGUACAAGCAAAAAUUGGUGAUUUUCUGGAAGAUCUCUAUCAAGAUCAUUCAUAUUUAUUUGGUUUACAUUUACUCAAUCAACCAACUGAUGAAAUGUUAAAAAAAAUUGCUGAAUGUCAUCGUAAUUUAAUCUCAUCUUCUACUAGUCGUGUUUUAAACACUGAAUCAUCGGCACUAUUACUUGGUAGUUUGAAAUUACAAGAUAAUGCAUUGAGAAAUAGUCAUGACAAUCAAGAUAAUGCAAUUGUACAUUCAGAUUUUGGUCCUUCUACACGAUCUGAUCGAGAGAAUGUUGUUUUUCGUGAUCGACCACAAACAGAUCCUUCACAACGACUUCAUUUAACAAGUAAUCUUUUGCCAACAGAUUCAUCUGUUGCUGUUGCAAUUCCUGUUGUUGGCCAAUCAAAUUCUGUCGGUUCUGUUGGAUCUUAUCAAAUACUUCCAGAGAAUAUACAAACUUUAAAACAAAGAAGAAGUGGUUCAGUAGCAGGUCAAGUAAUUAUAGCUGGCAUAAAUCCACAUGCACAUUUAUUUUCAACAAUGGGAACAGCUAGUUCUGGAACAUAUACCAUAAAUAGCUCUGUUUCUGCUGGAACACCAACAGGUUCUGCUAGCCCAACAGGUAGUCCACAUCUUGAUGAUAAACAAGCUAUACCAGUUACUAGUUCUGAUUAUCCUGGUCAUAUUGUUUGGCCAAAUAAACUUAAUCUUCGUCCUUUAUCUGUAUCUAAUCUAGCGCUUCCUAGACCUUCAUCAGCUCCACAAUCCGGUUGGCGUGCUUCACUUCCUCGAAAUGUUAUGCCAAAUGCAUCCGGUAUACUGAUUGCUCAACCUAAUGUGACACCUACUGGUCCAAUGAAUGUUGCAAUAAUUGGCACAGAUUCUUAUCCAUCAAUGCAUACUUCUUUAUUAUUAACAUCUAAAAAUCAAUUUGUACCACCUAGUCAAAUUAAUCAGUCUCAAGUGAAUAAUUUACCAAUUGGUACAACAACACCCACACCAGUACCGAAUGUAAUCAUGGCAAAUAAUACAAUUUUGUCUUCCAAUUUAACACCAAUAAGAGCUAUUUGUAUGCCAAUGCCGCAACAACAACAACAACAUCCAUCUGUUCAGCCGUCACAAGUUACAUCUACCACUGGUCAGAGAACUGUAUUAUCACAAAUUAAAUUACCACCUGGUUGUACAAUUCUUACCGGAUCUGGUCAAACUCCAAAUAUUACUGGUCGUAUUAUUUAUGUUGAUAGAGCUACUGGACAAUCUUAUAUACCAGUCCUGACAAAUGCCUCAGGUAAUUUGAGUCAAAUAGCUUUAGGAAAUAAUAUACCCUUACCCAUCAGACAACCACAAUUUGCUCAAGUUGCUUCAUUGUCAACAAAUACUACAUUAUCGCCACAACCAUCAACUCAACAUCAACAAACACAAUCCAAUUGCACCGGAACUAAUGAAAAUACAUGUGGUCAAUCUGAUCAACAGAGUACAAUGCAAACUUCUAAUACUCAAAUUGAUCCAAGUUCUAUACCACCUGAUGUGACUAGAAAUAUUAGUACAGUUGGCCGACGACCUGGACCUCCACCACCAGCACCUGAAUUUAAUCUUGUUUGUAAUGUCUAUCAUGAAAGUAUUCAUAUUAAUGCUAUAAUAACAUACAUUAUAAAACGAGUUGAAAUAAAUAGAACACCUGAUCCUAAUCGUUUACAAUAA